GGUUUCUUCUUCUUCUCUGUUUACUUUGGUGUACCCUUUCGCUUUCUCGCUUUAUCGCUUUAUAUUAGACAAAAUUGGUUUUAGGGCUUUGAAAUUGCAGUGAUCGAUUAGGGUUUUUUGGGUUUGUAUCACACUUUUGGAGUCUCUGUGAUGGCGAAAUUUGGGUUUGAUUUUAGGGUAGUCGAAUUAGUACAGUUUGUGUGUAGAUCCGUUUGAAAUGUUUUUGAACUGGUUUCGAAUUUUCGCGGGUCUCGUUCUGGUUUGAUUGAUUGCAUUGAAUGAUAUGUGGAUUAGGGUUUUUUUGGGUUCGUAGUGUUUAGGAAAUGCAAAUGGUGUUGGGAAUUUUGUGGGUUUGGUGAAUUCUUGUUUAGGUUAGGUUUAUCUCUUGUUAGAUAGAGUUUGAAGAUCUGUGAUCAUAGUUGAGUUUUUGUUGCUUUGAUUGGUUUUUGUUCUUCAUCAGUGUUCAAUUGUUGUUAGAUUUUGAGGGGCUUCAUUUAAAUCUGGAUUGCAUUAGAUUGAUAGAUUCUCAAGAUCUUUCUUUUAUGAGCCUUAUGUUAUGUAUCUCUAUUAUAUUCAGCGGAUUGCCAUGGAAAUUUUUAUUGAGCGGAUUCGCGCGCAAAUUUGUAUUCAACGGGUUCGCGGGCAAUUUUGUUUGUGUUUUAUGUGGAUUAGAUAUGGUAAUUUCAUAAUAUGUGGCCAAAGAUUGGUUCUCUUUUUGUGUUUUUAAAUGUAAUGUCGGUGGGAGGGUCGAACCGGGUUUGUUUAGUAAAAUCCGGGGUUCUUCUACCGGUUGAGACCAGUGCCACCGGAUAAGAUUGAAUUUCUUGAGCUAAUGUAUUGCAUUUAUUGUUUUACCCAGUUGGAUUAGAUCUGCAUCUAUAUCAAAUUUUGGGACCUUGUAGCUAGUUAAACCUUCAUGUGGAAACAAAUCUACAUUUCUAGGAACAUGUUGGGAACGUUCUGGGAGUCUGUUGAAGAUCCUCUAUUCUAAAAAGUUUCCAGAGGACAAUAGUUUUUGACGGAGUAACUCUCGAGGACAUGGAAUGCAACAAGGAUGAAGCGAAAAGGGCAAUGGAUAUUGCUGAGAGGAAGAUGACAGAGAAGGACUACGAUGGGGCGAAAAAGUUCGCUAACAAGGCUCAAAACUUGUUUCCCGAGUUGGAUGGUCUAAAUCAAUUGUUGACGGCAAUCAAUGUUUUUAUCUCGGGAGAGAAAAAAUUCUGCGGAGAAGCUGAUUGGUAUGGUGUCCUUGGUGUAGACCCCUUUGUUAGUGAUGAAGCACUGAAAAAACAAUACCGGAAAUUGGUUCUCAUGCUCCAUCCGGAUAAAAACAAGUGUAAAGGCGCUGAAGGUGCGUUUAAGCUGGUUGCAGAAGCUUGGAAUCUACUAUCUGACAAGGAUAAUAGAAUCUUAUAUAACUUAAAGAGGGGCAAAGAUGUCAAAGAAGCUCAACAAAGAUUCCCACCAACACAGAGCGGGAUUCCACCACACCAGCCAACUUCUAACGGGAUUCCAAAUGUAAGAGAGCAUGUAGUUUUGAGUGCUAGGGCUAGAUCUAAGCCCGCUGCCCGUAAGCCUGCUGCCCAUAUGGAUAGAUCUCGCAUGGGUUCACCUGCUUUUGUUUCUCCGAUGCAUGAGGAGAAUAGUACCUUUUGGACCAAGUGCAACAAAUGCAACACACAAUAUGAAUACCAGAGGGUUUAUCUUAACCAAACCUUGCUUUGUCCACACUGCCAUCAAGGUUUCGUUGCAGAAGAGAAAACUCCGCCUAAAAAUAUUCCUAAGCCGCCAGUCAACAUCUCAUCUAGCCAACAGCACCGGAGUUCCAAAAAUCAAGCGUCAAACAAGAACUCAAAUGGUUCUUCUUCUAGGAGAGAGCCUGCACCAUCUGUUAACCUGAAUUUUCAGUGGGAUUCUUCAUCAAGAAUGGGUGGUUCUAACAGCCGAAAUGCCACAAAUGAAGCGGCAAAUGUAGUUCAGCAAGCACAAGAUAAACUGAAAAGAGGGUUUGGGGAGACGCAAGAAAGGGAUGCGGCUAGAGGAUUUACAAACUCUGAUCUGGGGAAUUUUAAGAGGCAGAAGACUGAUGAUUCCCAUAUGCGUGGUCCAUCUGCAGGCAAGUCGUCGAAUCACAUAGGUGCUAGCAGGUCCAGUACUUCUAAUGCUGCCAAUGAAAAUACUGAAUCGCCCAACACCAUAGGCUCUCGUCAUCCUUAUGUACAAGCAUUGUUACGUUCUGAUAUAAAAAAAGCUCUUAUGGACAGAGGCCAGUCAGAGAUUUUUAAGAGACUUCCGAAGAUGAUUGCUGAAACAGAAGGGAAGGUGAACGCAACUGAAAGGGAGAAGAACAGUAUGAAGGCAACGAGCAAGAUGAGUAGCAAGGCGAAUGAGGUUGAAAGGAGCAAGAUAAGUAGCACCGCGAAUGAGGUUGAAAGGUCAGUUGAGGUUGAAAGGUCAGUUGAGGUUGAAAGGUCAUUUGAGGUAACUCCUCGUGAUUCAGAUGAAGAGAUGGAUGAUGUAGUGAAGGAAAUCGUUGUUCCAGAUUCAGACUUUCACAACUUUGAUCUUGACCGAUCUGAAAGUUCUUUUAAAGAUGACCAGAUUUGGGCUGCUUAUGACGAUGACGAUGGAAUGCCUCGGUUUUACGCCCGCAUCCAAAAGGUGAUUUCUGUGAAUCCCUUUAAGAUGAAAAUCAGCUGGCUCAAUUCCAAAAGCACCAGUGAAUUUGGUCCUAUAGACUGGAUGGGUGCUGGUUUUGCUAAAACAUGUGGGGAAUUUAGGUGUGGGAGAUAUGAAUCUACAGAUACACUAAAUGCCUUUUCUCACAGUGUUGAAUUUACCAAAGGUGCAAGAGGACUCCUCCAUAUUCUUCCCAAAAAGGGACAAGUUUGGGCAUUGUAUCGAAAUUGGUCCCCUGAGUGGGACAAGAAUACCCCUGACGAAGUUAAACACAAGUACGAGAUGGUGGAAGUUCUUGAUGACUAUACAGAAGACAAUCAGAGUUUAACCGUGGCUCUCUUACUCAAAGCUGAAGGAUUCAGGGCAGUUUUCCGCAGAAGCACAGAAAGACUUGGUGUGAGGAAGAUUGCAAAGGAAGAAAUGCUUAGAUUCUCCCACCAGGUGCCUCAUUACAUUCUUACAGGGAAAGAAGCUGAUAACGCACCAGAAGGUUGUCUGGAACUAGACCCGGCUGCAACUCCUUGUGCAUUCGCUUCAGAGAAUGCAGAGGCCAAUGAGAAAAGUGAAGCUGUAGAAGAGAAGAGCCCUGUCCCAGAGGAAGAAGUGGGAAUGGAUCAAGAUUAGUGGGUAUGAAGCUAGUAGCAGUCAGUACAGUUGUACAAUGGAGGAAGAAACAUAUCAUAUGGAAUCAUUAGGGUACAGGACUAAUCAAGGUCAGGUCUGAUCUUUUGCUUUUAUCUUUCUUUUGUUUAAGGCUGACCCAGAAACUAGCCAUGUUUUUGGCACAAGAAACUAUCUAUACCGGAAAAAUUAGCCUGAGUAUUUCGAAUAUUUUUUGGGGGUCAAUGUACAAUCUUUUUUUUGGUAUUUUGGUAUUUACUCAAUAGACCUGAAAGAAUCUUGUAAGAACUCUGAUUGAGAUUCGAAUAUAUAUGGUGGUUAUGGGUUAUUA